ACACUUGAAUGCAGCAUACGUCAUAUGGUGAAAAGGGACGCGGAAUUUUCCCCACAACUCAGGAGAAACCUCCAUUGAUAAUUUUACUAUUAGGCAGUUUCUCCAUUAAUAACUUAAUCUGAUAAAAUAAUAACAACAUCAAGUUUGUCAGUGAGUGACCCGCAGCAGCAGCAGCAGCAGCAGGGGGAGCCCUUCAGCAACCAUUAAAAGGAACAUCUGUGAUCCAGGAGAGCAGAUAUUCAAGCUGCUGCGUGACAAGAAACCAGACACAUUUCAACAGGUUUUAAUGGAGGCUAUUUUGAACUGCAAACCAGAGGACUUGGAGGAUUACUACGGGUUAUUAGGAUGUGAUGAAUUGUCGUCGACUGAACAGAUUCUCAAUGAAUACAAGAUCAAAGCCUUGGCAUGUCACCCAGACAAACACCUAGACAAUCCAAGUGCAGUGGCAGAUUUCCAAAAGCUGCAGGAAGCCAAAGAGGUUUUAUGCAAUGAAACCAAGAGAAAAAAUUAUGACCAUUGGAGAAGAAGUGGAGUUACUAUUCCAUUUCAUGACUGGCAAGCCUUGAAUGACUCUGUUAAAACUUCAAUGCACUGGGCUGUGAGAAAUAAGAAGGAACCAAUGUUGGAGGCCUCAAAUGCAGAAAUGCCUGUCACUUCCCAAGCAGAGGACCUUCAGUCUGAACAAGAAGCAUCGAGGAUCUCUUCAUAUGAUGCCAUGUCAUCCGCAGGUGAUUACUGUCAUCGACGUUUUCGUUGGGCCGCUGACUCCCCAUCUAGUCUGCUGCAGAAGUUUAGAAAUUAUGAAAUAUAAAUAUAUCAACAGUUUAAUUUUAUAUAAAUGUUUGUGUUCUGUGUCUUGUCGUCAUUGUCCAUAUUCAGAUGGGACCCUGUUAAAUGUGGUGUCAAUUUUUGUGAAUAUUGUCUGGCUGUAACUCACCAAACUUCUUCAUAAACUGGAAAUUGUGAACUCUAAAUGUGUCUGUUGCAAGUGUCAAAUACAAACAAAAUCAGCAUAUGAGAUUAUGUAAACAAUUUAUUUUGUUAGUUUUGCUCAUGUGUUAAUUAUGGUCACAAACACACAAAUGAAAAUAUGAUCCUGGAUUAUACUUGUGUACCUUUCAUGCUGUAAUGUGUUGCUGUCAAGUUCAUGAUGUUGGGAACAUAAAACUGAAGCAUCUUGUGUA